UUUUUUUUUUUUUUUUUUUUUUCUUUCUUUUAUCCUCUCCUUUUUCAAUACCUGUCGCGCCUUUCCAGCUCUAACCUACUCUGCUGCCCAUUUAUCCGUUCGAAAGCUCACUGUACCAUGAUCGUUCACAAAACAUCCGAAGAGCUUCUGCGAGAAAUUGAGGAACUAUCUAGUUUAAUUAGAUUUCAGUACAAAAGAAAAGAUGCCGAGGCAAAGCAAAACAUCCUUUCUCUGUUAAAUGCUUUAGAACAGCUUAUUCAAUUAUCAGCCGAUCGAUUUCUUAGCUUAGAUGUUGAGGGAUAUUUGCCAGCAGAAGAAGAAGAGCAGCAGCGUAGUGAAUUUAUCGUUCAUCCAGAUGAUUUGUUAAGAGCGAAGGAUUAUUCAGCUUCUAUUUUGUUGAAGUUGAUUUCCACGGAAAUUAGUUUCCCGGACAACAAACAGGAUGAGGAUGAAAACGAAAGCAGAAUGGAAAGAGCAUCAAGAAUAUUGGCUCAUAUGUCUGGUAGAGGAGCUGCAGGAUCAAUAACUCGAAUUUGGCACAUUCCGUACCUUAAUGAUAAUGGUGAAAAAGAAGAGCUCCUUUUACCUUUGCAUGAGCCAUGUUAUGUAGGCAAUGAUUUAGGCUUCAAAACAUGGGGUGCUGCCCCAAUGAUGGCUAAAAAAUUGUUGCAAAACAACAUUAUUCCUCAUAUCUGUGAUUGCACAGUGUUAGAAAUUGGCACAGGUACUGGUAUGGUUGGUAUUGUAUGCGAUUACUUAGGUGCAGCGGAGGUGCACAUGACUGAUUAUCAUCCACGUGUGAUUGAAAACGUCUCUUACAACAUCCAUUUGAACAAUUCAAGAGCACAAGUUUCAAAAUUGGAUUUCAUUAAACUUGCCAAGAAAGGCACUGCGGAUGAAGAAGAGAAGGAUGAUGCACAAUCGGAGAUCGUGGAUAAUGGAAGACAGUAUGAUAUUGUCAUUGCUAGUGAUCUUCUCUAUGAGCUGGAACAUGCCGAAUACUUACCGCCAGCCAUCAACAAAUUAGCCAAAAAUGAAUUUUAUUUUAUGAUACCCCUGAGAGAGACACACUGGGAAGAAGUUCGUCAUUUCGAGUCCAAAAUGGAUUCGCUGAAUCAGUUUUUACUUAGAAAAGUAGAGGAUUUAGAGAAGGAAGACGAAGAAGAAGGACUCAUUAAAUUUAGAUAUUACGAAUAUGUCAGAAUCAAAUAAUAACUUUUUCUUGAAACCCCUCCCCCCAUGAUAUUAGAGUUACUUAGAGUAUCACACGCAUAUUUACUUCUUAGAAUUUCGAUUUAUAGUGCCUUAGUGUAUUAAUAACUUGGGACAGUAUGUCAUUCUGCCUCUUACUGAAUAAAAUCAAACCCAAGAUACAUCC